AUGAAGGCGAUCCGCGCCCUUGUACCGGCCUUCCUGGCCGCCAGCCGCACCGUCGCAAUGCCGCAGCGCAGCGCGCCGCAACAAGCAGUUCUCGACGCGUUAAACCAUCUCCCCAAAACACUCGGAGUAGGCCACUUCAGCGAAUGGAGCCGUGCCACAAAGAAGGAGUUCUUGAUAGACUGGCAAGCCGGAAAGGAGUCGGAAUGGGUGAUUGUACAGGGCAAUGAGGGCGGUGAUUUGGAUUCCAUGACGGCGGCGCUUACUUGGGCAUACCAUCUUGAGCAUUCGACCGACAAUACCUCGAACCCAAUCAAGGCAAUUGCACUUCUCCAAACGCCAUCGCAUGCCCUAGACCUUAGACCAGAGAAUAGAUUGGCUCUGGAUAACUCGCAGAUGACCCCGGGCCACGAAGAUCUAUUGACGCUCGAUGAACUGCCCGAGGAUCCCGAGACUCUAGGCAAGAAGCUCAAGGGCAUCGUACUAGUCGACCACGGCAGCCCACUACGAAAAUGGAGCGAAGCAAAGAUUCUAAGCGUCUUCGACCACCACAAAGACCGCGGUACCGCCCCGGACGCCGAACCCCGUGUCUUUGAAGUAGUAGCGAGCUGCACUACACUCGUAGCCCGCCAAAUGCUCGACGAGCUCGAACAGCUAGACGAAGAAUACCACAUGCCGCACGAACUGCUCGAGUUGGUCCUCAGCGCCAUCGCAAUCGACUCUGGCGGCUUGACAGGCAAGAAGACAACCAAGACUGACAUUGAAGUCUCCAAGCGCGUGCUUGCACGAAGCAACUGGAAGAAAGACAACCUAGAAGACGUAAUGGAGGAUCUCGACGACGAACUCAGCAAAGCACAAAAGGAUAUCGAUGACCUCGGUCUACGCGACUUGUUGCGCCGAGACUGGAAGGGCGACGUCAUCGAUACUCCUUCGCCGCGUACACCCACUGUGAGCAUAGGGUUUGCGUCGGUUCCUUACUCGAUAGACGAGCAGAUUCUCAAGACGGACUUUGCGGAGCUCUUCGACUGGUUCGCUGUACACGCCGCGUGGACCGCCGAAGCCGGCGUCGACAUCGCCAUCACGCUCAACAAAUACAAAAAGCAUUACAAAGAUGGUAAGAAGGAGAAGAUUCGCGAAGUCGUCCUGACCGUCCGCGACGACGUACGCAUCGAUCAGGAUCAAGCCGACUCGCUGUUCAAGACGGUCAAGGAGGCGUUGGAGAAGAAUGAAGAGGGUAUUGAUUUCCAACCGUGGCAUCGUGCGGAUGAGUUGGCGCCGAGACAGAUGGUGUGGACGCACAAGAGUGGUGCGGGGAGGAAGGUUAUUCGACCUAUCGUGGAAGAAGCGGUUAUGAAUUGGGAUUGA